AUACCAAUAUAUAUAUGUUAGCUUACGUCAUCACCUUCACCGAUGGACCGAUGCGACGUGCUCACAUCUAUUUAGACUAGUUUUGUUUUAUAAGCAAAUCUGAAGUAUUUGUUUACAUUUAAUAUUCGGGGCAGUUCUUAAGAAAGAACCAGGCAGUCAAGCUUUAGAUGUCGAGGGUUAAAGUACGUUUGUUGUAAUAAAGCGUAUUAUUGUGAAUUUAGUGUUUUAAUCAAACUAAAAAGACAGAUUAACAGUCGCUAAUCUAUCAUCAGAAGUGGGAUAAAGGAUAUCUUCUCGUGAAUUAUUUCCGGAAGAAAGGACCUAAAAUUUUUUUUUUUUUUUGUGUUUCUUUGUGAACGAACAAUGGCAGACAAUAGUGAAAAACGCGACCGCGCAGUGAGUCCGAACGUUGUGAACAUUACCGAAAGUGUAUCGGAGACAGACAAUAAUAUGGCGUUGUUAUUUAAAAUGCAGCAAGAAAAUAACAACAGUUUCCAAAAACAAAUCAUGGAAAUUUUGUCGACAAUGGCCAACGCCCAAACUACUCAAGCAACAUUGAGGGUGACUGCGCAGACGCAACCUGUUUCCGCUUCAGUAUCAGAAGGUGUAAGUGCCGCGGCGGCGCAGUUUCGACUUGCAAGUUUUGACCCAGAUGAUACACCGUUUACUAUGGUUGAGUGGAUGGAUGAUGUUACUAGGAUCCAACAGGAGCUGGAAAUAUCCGAUACUCUUAUUGUUUUAAAAGCUGGUCAUGCUUUACGAGGACGUGCAGCACGCUUUUAUCAACAUUGGAAACCUAUUAUUAGAGAUUGGGCUUCUUUUCGACGAGAUUUUGAAAUUGCGUUUCCUGAGUUAGGUACUCCUGCUACUCGUAUCAGAAAUUGUUUAGCAAUUAAGAGUUCAAGUUUUGAUUCACUAGUAGAAUACGGUAACGCCAAAUUAACAGCAAUUAGAAGAUUUUAUUCAGACUUUCCAUGGAAUGUUGUGUUAAGUCUUGUUGAAUACGAUAUUCAAAACACAGAAGUGAAAAAUCGAAUCUCCUUGCUAGCUCCUACAUGUGAUUCUGAACUAUUAAAACUGUUGGCUACCUGUGAUGCGAAUAAAUUGAACGCUGGUGUGCGAGAGCGUGAAUUGUCACGAAAACGACCGUAUAGCUUUCGUGAUCAGCGUUCGUUUCAAGGAAACUGCAGAAGAUGUCAACGCUAUGGACAUAAAGCAGUGGAUUGCAAAAAUGCGGAAAAAAUACAGAAUAUGUCGGAAAAGGUACAGCCGGGUCCUUCUGGAGUACAUCAAAGAAAUUUUUCGUCUGGCAACAACACCUCAGCAAAUAAGAAGUUUUGUAACAUCUGUGGAGUGAAUGGACAUUCAGAAGAUACAUGCUAUAGUAAAAAACAAUGACAUGAGGCAUCAAAACGAGUGCUCCUGGCAAAAAACACUCGUUUUAUCCGUUCAUUUCCAUCAGCUACGGUUACUAACAAUUCCAUGAUCAGUUCAAUAGCAUACUUAGUAGACACAGGUGCAGAUGUCUCAAUACUUCACGAAAAAAUAGCGAAAGCCUUAGACUUGCAAAUUCAACCGGAUUGCCAAAUACUGUCUGGUGUAGGAAAUUGUGUUAUGAAGCCUCUGGGUCGCAGUAGUGUUGUGAUGUGUACACCAACCAUGACAUUAGAAAUUGAUUUUCUAAUUGUGCCAGAUGGAUCAAUUCCUGGAUGUGAUGUUGACGCUUUAAUUGGACUUGAUGUUUUAAAACGACCAGUGAUAGGCAACGAAUUUGUGCUAUAUACGCGUUUGAAGAAAAUGACUUAAAUUUGUCAGGACUGGACGAGUGGGUUAUUAAGGAAAUAAAAACAAUAAUCCAAAAUGGAAUAAGUCAAACACCGGCCGCAGUAACAACAAACAAGUUAAGAAUAACAUUACGUGAUCUACAGCCA